AUGCUAUUCAAAACCGUCGGAUUGCUCCUCUUGCUGGCUGGCCAGGGUCUGUGCCAGUUUCAAGUGUCUUUGCCCCUGCCCCCGGGAGUUGCCGGCAUUAUUUCGGCUUUGGGAAUAGGCGGAGGUGCUAAUGGAUCCGGCUCUUCCAAUAAUAACAACAAUAAUAACAACAAUAACAACAACAUCGCAAAUGCUGAGGCUGCGGAGGCUGCACAGUACGCUGCAUACCAAUCAUAUGUACAGUACGAGCAGUCGUUGAAUAAUUUCUUUUACGGACCUUUCGGACUUUAUGGGGCGUUCGGACCUUAUGGAGCAUUGGGACCAAACAGUGCUGCUAAUAAUGCUGCCACCUCCACCACCGUUGCCCCCAAUAUUGAGACGACUACGUCUGCUCCCGGCACCUCCACCGCCUUACCGACCUCAACCGGAACCCCGACUACUUCAACUGCCGUGGCACCUGCUAACACAGAUACCACUUCCACUGCAGUAGCAACAGACUCAACAACAGCAGCAACUCCAACCACAUCUACGGCAGUGGCUCCGGCAAACACGGACACCACUUCGACUGCCGUUGCUCCAUCAACAACGACAUCCUCAACUACCUCGACAACCACAACAACCACGACAACCACGGCAGCACCAGCAACGUCUACUGCAGUCGCACCCUCGGAUACGGCCAGUACUUCCACUGCAGUUGCACCAGCCGACACGGAUACUACCUCCACUGCAGUUGCGCAGCGGCAGCAUUACACCACUCCCAUUCCAUACCACGUCGUGCACCGCCCGCUGGUCAAUCCUUACGAGCUCCACCGCAUCAACUCUAACCCAAUUUAUGUCCACAGCUCAGCCUCUGCGUCUUCAGAGGGUGAGCUUCAGCCUGUCUAUCUUCCCUACAGUAGUAUCUAUCGCAGGGGCCAGCCCUCUCCCUACUUUGCAUACGAGGGAAAGAAGUAG